UUCUAAUACCCAAAAACUUGGCCUCUCUUCUCUGAAAGACGAUCACCAACCAACCCAACCCCUCUCUCUCUCUCUCUCUCUCUCUCUCUCCAAAACAAAUUCAAAUGGGCAACCUAGAAGCGGAGAGAACAACCACAGGAUGGGCUGCAAGAGACGCAUCUGGCACUCUCUCACCCUAUACCUACACUAUUAGAAACACAGGCCCAGAAGAUGUUUACAUCAAAGUCCUAUUCUGUGGAGUUUGCCACACUGAUACGCACCAGGCAAAAAAUCAACUUGGCAUGUCACACUAUCCCCUGGUUCCUGGGCAUGAAGUGGUUGGUAAGGUGGUGGAGGCUGGAUCAGAUGUGACCAAGUUCAGAGUAGGAGAUGUGGUAGGAGUUGGCCUCGUUGUUGGUUGCUGCAGAAACUGCAACCCUUGCAACACAGACAAUGAGCAAUACUGCAACAAGAAAAUCUGGACAUACGCUGACGUUUACACCGAUGGCAAACCCACCCAAGGCGGCUUUUCCGGUGCUAUGGUGGUUGACCAAAAGUUUGUGGUGAAGGUACCGGAGGGCAUGGUGCCAGAACAGGCGGCGCCGCUGCUUUGCGCGGGGGUGACGGUGUACAGCCCACUGAGGCACUUUGGCCUGAAUGUGGAUGGGUUAAAAGGAGGAAUACUUGGACUUGGAGGUGUAGGACACAUGGGAGUGAAGAUAGCCAAGGCCAUGGGGCACCAUGUGACUGUGAUAAGCUCUUCAGAAAAGAAGAGAGAGGAGGCUUUGGAGCAUAUUGGGGCCGACGAGUACUUGAUCAGCUCAGAUGCCACAAAAAUGCAGGAGGCUGCUGACUCCUUGGAUUACAUCAUUGACACAGUGCCCGUCGGCCACCCACUCGAGCCGUACCUCUCUUUGUUGAAACUUGACGGCAAAUUGAUCUUGAUGGGUGCUAUUAACACCCCAUUACAAUUUCUUUCCCCAAUGGUCAUGCUUGGGAGGAAGACGAUCACAGGGAGCUUUGUUGGGAGCAUGAAGGAAACAGAGGAGGUGCUUCAGUUCUGCAAAGAGAGAGGAUUGACAACUAUGAUCGAAGUGGUUAAGAUGGACUACAUCAACACAGCUUUCGAGAGGUUGGAGAAAAACGACGUCAGGUACAGGUUCGUCGUCGAUGUGGCCGGUAGCAAUCUUUGAUCAAUAAAAUGAAGAAACACGUUCAUGUAAGACUGAAUUUUCUUUGAUUUACGCUUGUCAAGCUGCUCCAUGAAUAUCUCUCCUAGCCAUUCUACAUUAGUGAGUAUCCACCUCACCUCACCUCACCUCACCUCACCUGCCACGUCAUGUGAUAUGAAAUUGCAGCAUAAUUAGAUGGUAAGGAUAUUAUUUGUAAACCAACUACCCACUAAUUCAUCCCAUGGAUUAUUUGAGCUAUAUGCCAUUGUAAAAAUUACUCUGCCACAAAUGCUAUUUAAAUUUGAGCCUACUCGCUCGAGACCUGAAUUAUUGAAGUCACUAUUUUAUGAUCGUUCCAAAAACGUGGAUUUUAUGAUCGAUAUGGCUGGAAAAUAUUGAAGUCGAGCUUUUCAUUUGUGUUAAAUGUCA